GUCGCAGCACGCGGCCAGGCAGCGGUUUGGGGGCUACAACUCCAACUCCCCGCGGGAUUGUUCCCGCUUUAGGCUUCUCAGGCCGGUCAGUCGGUUUGACAGACCCGGUGGCCAACCUAGUAUAACCAGUCAACCUCGGGAACUAACCGGGAACUUCCGGUGAUUUCUACAUUUUUCGUGUCCCUCCGCCUGAGUGGAUAAAUAGUGCGGUUGCCGGCACGGUGGGUUGGGGUUAUGCUCACGUGACUGGAGGAGCCUCCGCCUCCUCCUUUUUUCUGACAGCGUACUGUGGCCCUUAAGAGUCGCAAACGUCUAGGGUGUAGUGGCGUUAAUGCUUUACGGUCUGCCUUAGCGUAGGAAAACAGAAGAGUGGGGUUGAUUAUUCCUGAAUUGGUGAAAUGUAAGGGCGUUCUCUGAGAGAAGGAGGGAAGCAAAGGGAAACAUCCGCGGGUGGGCCGCUAAGAGUUAAUAACGAGCUAAGGUGGGGGAGGGGUGCCGGGACGGCAACCAGAGGCUAGAACAUGGCGGCGCUGGGAACGCCUGCGGGUGUUGUUACCUUGGCGUCUUCCCCCUCCCCCUCCUCGAAGGGGGUGGGGCGAUGAGGUCAUAGAGCGGUUCCCAUCGCGCUUUGCGGCGGAGGAGGCAGUCCAGGUAUAAAACCGGCUGCCGGGAGCCCUCUGGCUCCUCAUUCAUUUCCACCGGCUUGGGUUCCUCUUGUUUUAGCUGCAGCCUCCGUCUCAUCCACCGCCCCCGCACGGCCUCGCGACCGCCGAAGCCGCCUUUCCCCCCCUCCCCUGCGAUUUCCCGCUUCUCCUCGGUUGCUUCCCUCCAACCGCAACCAUUGACGCCAUGUCUGGAUACUCGAGUGACAGAGACCGCGGCCGGGAUCGAGGGUUUGGGGCCCCUAGGUUUGGAGGAAGUAGAGGAGGACCUCUAUCUGGAAAGAAAUUUGGAAACCCUGGGGAGAAACUCAUUAAAAAGAAAUGGAAUCUCGAAGAACUGCCCAAAUUUGAAAAGAAUUUUUAUCAGGAACAUCCUGAUUUGGCUAGGCGCACAGCACAAGAGGUUGAUACAUAUCGAAGGAGCAAAGAAAUUACAGUACGAGGUCACAACUGCCCAAAACCAAUUCUAAAUUUCUAUGAAGCAAAUUUUCCUGCAAAUGUCAUGGAUGUAAUUGCAAGGCAGAACUUUACUGAACCUACUGCUAUCCAAGCCCAAGGCUGGCCUGUUGCUCUAAGUGGGUUGGAUAUGGUUGGAGUAGCACAGACUGGAUCAGGGAAAACACUCUCUUAUUUGCUGCCUGCCAUUGUCCAUAUAAAUCAUCAGCCAUUCCUAGAGAGAGGUGAUGGGCCUAUUUGUUUGGUGCUGGCGCCAACUCGUGAACUGGCCCAACAGGUACAGCAAGUAGCUGCUGAAUACAGUAGAGCAUGUCGUCUAAAAUCCACUUGCAUCUAUGGUGGUGCUCCAAAGGGACCACAAAUACGGGACUUGGAAAGAGGUGUAGAAAUUUGCAUUGCAACACCUGGAAGACUGAUAGACUUUUUAGAGUGCGGGAAAACUAAUUUGAGAAGAACAACUUACCUUGUGCUUGAUGAAGCAGACAGAAUGCUUGAUAUGGGCUUUGAGCCUCAAAUCAGGAAGAUUGUUGAUCAGAUAAGACCUGACAGACAAACCCUAAUGUGGAGUGCAACUUGGCCAAAAGAAGUGAGGCAGCUUGCUGAAGACUUUUUGAAAGAUUACAUUCACAUCAACAUUGGUGCUUUGGAACUGAGUGCAAAUCACAAUAUUCUUCAGAUUGUGGAUGUGUGUCAUGAUGUAGAAAAGGAUGAGAAACUUAUUCGAUUGAUGGAGGAGAUCAUGAGCGAAAAGGAAAAUAAAACUAUUGUUUUUGUGGAAACCAAAAGAAGAUGCGAUGAACUUACCAGAAAAAUGAGGAGAGAUGGGUGGCCUGCAAUGGGUAUCCAUGGUGACAAGAGUCAACAGGAGCGAGACUGGGUUCUAAAUGAAUUCAAACAUGGAAAAGCUCCUAUCCUGAUUGCCACAGAUGUUGCAUCUAGAGGGCUAGAUGUGGAAGAUGUGAAAUUUGUCAUCAAUUAUGACUACCCUAACUCUUCAGAGGAUUAUAUCCACCGAAUUGGACGAACUGCCCGUAGUACCAAAACAGGCACAGCAUACACUUUCUUUACACCUAAUAACAUAAAACAAGUAAGCGACCUCAUCUCUGUGCUUCGGGAGGCUAAUCAAGCAAUCAAUCCCAAAUUGCUUCAGUUAAUUGAAGACAGAGGUUCAGGUCGUUCCAGGGGUAGAGGAGGCAUGAAGGAUGAUCGACGGGACAGAUACUCUGCGGGCAAAAGGGGUGGAUUUAAUACCUUUAGGGACAGGGAAAAUUAUGACAGAGGUUAUUCUAGUCUGCUUAAGAGAGAUUUUGGGGCAAAAACUCAGAAUGGUGUCUACAGUGCUGCAAGUUACACCAAUGGGAGCUUUGGAAGUAAUUUUGUGUCUGCUGGUAUACAGACUAGUUUUAGGACUGGUAAUCCAACAGGGACUUACCAGAACGGUUAUGACAGUACACAGCAAUAUGGAAAUAAUGUCCCAAAUAUGCACAAUGGCAUGAACCAACAGGCAUAUGCAUAUCCUGCUACUGCAGCUGCACCUAUGAUAGGUUAUCCAAUGCCAACGGGAUAUUCUCAAUAAGACUUUAGAAGUAUAUGUAAAUGUCUCAGUUUUUUCAUAAUUGCUCUUUAUAUUGUGUGUUAUCAGACAAGAUAGUUAUUUAAGAAACAUGGGAGAUGCAGAAAUGACUGCAGUGCAGCAGUAAUUAUGGUGCACUUUUUCGCUAUUUAAGUUGGAUAUUUCUCUACAUUCCUGAAACAAUUUUUAGGUUUUUUUUUGUACUAGAAAAUGCAGGCAGUGUUUUCACUAAAGUAAAUGUACAGUGAUUUGAAAUACAGUAAAUGAAGGCAAUGCAUGGCCUUCCAAUAAAGAUAUUUGAAGACUGAUUUUGAAAUGGAAAUUGUUUACUUUACAGUUGUACAACUUAAGUUUAAAUGGAAAAUGUCAUAGAUGCUUUUCUGUAUCAAAUGCUAGUAAAAAGCCUAAACUGGUCUUGCAUUUCAA